AUGCCUGCCGCCAGCUCCCAUCCCCGCUUGUUCUUCUACCUGCUGUGCGCCGCCUCGCUUUUCGCCGUCUCCAAAUCGGACACCGGUAGUACAAAGAACUCCUAUUUCACGUCCUAUUUCUACUAUCUAGCCAUUAACUUUAUUAAUCCGUUUGCAAUGCCGAUAUUCUAUCGCUUUGUAAAUGUUUUGCCGCUGCAGGCCCCGGCCGACGAUCUAGCCUACGACGCUGCUCUACAGUUGGGUCUGCUCAACCACCGCCUCAACCUGCUAGCCCAUGAAGAGGAGUCGCGGCAACUCAGUUUGCCGAAUAUAACGCUGAACAAUCUCGUGAAUCGCAUACCCUGUAGCUGCGACACUGGACUGUGCAAAUGCUGUGCGGGUUUCCUCGCGGUGAUCGGCAUGAACAGCUGCACGGAAGUGGCCUACCGUCCGGAUGAGUUCUCCUUUGAGCUGCGCAUGCGCGUUAACAACAACAUUUGGUUCCGUCGAAAGGUUUCCGGACAGAAUCCGCCGCCGUUCUGCUUCAGACCUCCACGGUUCAACUUUGCCCGGGCCUGCAUACAGUUCCAUGACAUCUGGUUUGUGGGCCGCAACAUGCACGUCUGCAUGUACAUGUCCGGCGAGUUCCAGGGCUUCGAAUUGUUCGAGAGGAACUUUGAUUGUCUUCUGUUCGGCGAUCACGGCGUCAAGAUCGUUCCGCCAGAGCAGAGCUAUCCCUCGAGACCCAACGGGGUGGACAUCGACGAGGGAGAUGACGAGAUUGAAGACUACGAUGAGAACGUUGUCCGCAGCUUAGCGGAAAAGAUGAUGGGCUGACCAGCUCGCCCCGACUAAAUGUUUUCUUAUUUAUUUACACAAAUUCCCACACU